AUAUGUGGAGGUAGAGACCAGCCCCCUCCUAGUGACACAGAAAACAAGCCUCCUGCUGACUUCAGCAGCAAUAACUUCUCCUGGGGCAAUCUACAGUGGUUAAACACUGAAGGUCCUAUUUCUCUUCACAAAGACCUUUGUGGAAAAGUCGUGGUGUUGGAUUUCUUUACUUACUGCUGCAUCAAUUGCUUGCACCUGCUGCCUGAUCUCCAUGCAUUAGAGCACCAGUACUCUGAUAAAGAUGGUCUUAUUAUUGUUGGUGUCCAUUCAGCGAAAUUCCCAAAUGAAAAAGUUCUGGAUAACAUUAAAAGUGCCAUUCUGAGGUAUAAUAUUGUCCACCCUGUAGUAAAUGAUGCAGACGCAACACUGUGGCAUGAACUAGAAGUGUCCUGCUGGCCGACUCUGGUCAUUCUCGGGCCUCGUGGAAAUAUGCUGUUUUCUCUUGUUGGAGAGGGACACAGAGAGAAGUUGUUUUUAUUUACUUCUGUAACACUGAAAUUCUACAAGGAGAGAGGACAAAUCAAAGAUAACAACAUUGGAAGAAAGCUGUACAGAGACUCCCUCCCACCUUCUCCCCUGCUGUUUCCUGGCAAAGUGACCGUAGAUAAUUCGGGAGAAAGGCUGGUAAUAGCAGACACUGGACAUCAUAGGAUUUUGGUUACUCAAAAAAAUGGACAAAUUCUACACACUAUUGGAGGUCCAAACAGUGGAAGGCGAGAUGGAAGAUUUUCAGAGGCAGCUUUCAACUCCCCACAAGGGAUCGCUAUAAAAAAUAAUGUUAUUUAUGUAGCUGAUACAGAAAAUCACCUAAUUAGAAAGAUUGACCUGGAAUUAGAGAUGGUGACCACUGUAGCAGGCAUUGGGAUACAAGGUGUUGAUAAGGAAGGUGGAGCAAAAGGAGAAGAACAGCCUAUCAGCUCUCCGUGGGAUGUGGUCUUCGGAAAUUCAA